GCAGGCAGGCACGUCACACCGGACAGCGUCGAGAUUGCUGCUUUCGGUUCCCCGGCGGGCGGUGAGGCAGAAAGUGCAGGGCGGAAAGAGGAGCCCCAGCACCUCAGAGCUGUCGGGCAGUGGCCAGGAAGCAAAGCACAGGAGCGCUGUGGUGCCAGCGGCCGGGCUAGGGAUGACUGGCGGGUUUGCGCCGGACCGGACCCCGAGGGCGGUCAGGCGCAAGGGGGCGGGUGCUGCCGUACUCCGGCCGCGGGGCCAGGGCGGGCCGGCCGGCGGGGCAUUUAAACCCCGCUGACAGCCAGUCCAGCCCGGGACACGCGCCCAGCUCCGUAGCCUCCUGCAUCGACUCAGCCUUAGGUACCGGUCAGGCAAAAUGCGGUCCUCUCUGGCUCCGGGAGUCUGGUUCUUCCGGGCCUUCUCCAGGGACAGCUGGUUCCGAGGCUUCAUCCUGCUGCUGACCUUCCUAAUUUACACCUGCUAUCACAUGUCCAGGAAGCCUAUCAGUGUCGUCAAGAGCCGUCUGCACCAGAACUGCUCGGAGCAGAUCAAACCCAUCAAUGAUACUCACAGUCUCAAUGACACCAUGUGGUGCAACUGGGCCCCAUUUGACAAGGACAACUACAAGGAGUUACUGGGGGGCGUGGACAACGCCUUCCUUGUCGCCUAUGCCAUCGGCAUGUUCGUCAGUGGGGUUUUUGGGGAGCGGCUUCCGCUCCGUUACUACCUCUCAGCUGGAAUGCUGCUCAGUGGCCUUUUCACCUCGCUCUUUGGCCUGGGAUAUUUCUGGAACAUCCACGAGCUCUGGUACUUUGUGGUCAUCCAGGUCUGUAAUGGACUCGUCCAGACCACAGGCUGGCCCUCUGUGGUGACCUGCGUUGGCAACUGGUUCGGGAAGGGGAAGCGGGGGCUCAUCAUGGGCAUCUGGAAUUCCCACACAUCUGUGGGCAACAUCCUGGGCUCCCUGAUUGCCGGCAUCUGGGUGAACGGGCAGUGGGGCCUGUCGUUCAUUGUGCCUGGCAUCAUUACUGCCAUCAUGGGCAUCGUCACCUUCCUAUUCCUCAUCGAACACCCAGAAGAUGUGGACUGCGCCCCUCCUCAGCACCACGGUGAGCCAGCUGAGAACCAGGACAACCCUGAGGACCCUGGGAAUAGUCCCUGCUCUGUCAGGGAGAGCGGCCUUGAGACUGUGGCCAAAUGCUCCAAGGGGCCAUGCGAAGAGCCUGCUGCCAUCAGCUUCUUUGGGGCACUCCGGAUCCCAGGCGUGGUCGAGUUCUCUCUGUGUCUGCUGUUUGCCAAGCUGGUCAGUUACACCUUCCUCUACUGGCUGCCCCUCUACAUCGCCAAUGUGGCUCACUUUAGUGCCAAGGAGGCUGGGGACCUGUCUACACUCUUCGAUGUCGGUGGCAUCAUAGGCGGCAUCAUGGCAGGGCUCAUCUCUGACUACACCAAUGGCAGGGCCACCACUUGCUGCGUCAUGCUCAUCUUGGCUGCCCCCAUGAUGUUCCUGUACAACUACAUUGGCCAGGAUGGGAUUACCAGCUCCAUAGUGAUGCUGAUCAUCUGCGGGGGCCUGGUCAAUGGCCCAUAUGCGCUCAUCACCACUGCUGUCUCUGCUGACCUGGGGACUCACAAGAGCCUGAAGGGCAAUGCCAAAGCCCUGUCCACGGUCACGGCCAUCAUUGACGGCACUGGCUCUGUAGGCGCGGCUCUGGGGCCUCUGCUGGCUGGGCUUCUCUCUCCCACGGGCUGGAACAAUGUCUUCUACAUGCUCAUCUCUGCUGAUGUCCUAGCCUGCUUGCUCCUUUGCCGGUUAGUGUACAAAGAGAUCUUGGCCUGGAAGGUGUCCCUGAGCAGAGGCAGCGGCUCUAGUAUGGUCCUAACCCACCAGCGAUAGUAUUUUCCUCAAGUCCCAUGACUUUUGUGAGUAUUUACUUCGAGUCUGUGACUCAAGUGCCAUUUGAGUGGGGGCUGCAUGCAAAUCCUCUGUCCUGCAGUAUGACUUUUUCCAACUUCCUCUUUUUUCUUGUGGGCCAGUUGUAAAGACUUUCAACCUCAGCAGAGCGUGGUGCUUGGGAACUGUUUUCCAAGGGGUCUGAGAUGCCACAGAGGUUGGUGGCCUCUUCCCUGAGGGACAGUGUUAGAAGUUUGGACAUGCCCUCCGGGGACAGAGGAGGCAGAAAUAGGGAAACCAGUUUCCCUCUGAGCUGAGACUGAGCUGCAAGUGCCUCCUGAAGUUCAGAAACCAAGGUCAUCUGGCCCCUCUGCCUGGGGUAUGCAAAAAAAGCAACUACCAAUCAAAGUCUCUGAAACAAAUGUGAAUCAAGCAUGGGUGGCUGGCCUGGUGUGCUCUCUGCCUACUGUCUGGUGGUGGUGGAUGUGGUGGUGGCACCAGUAGGUCAGUGGCUGAGGCUGCACAGUGCUGGUGGUCUGAUGGUCGGGCGACCCUCUCUCGCUGGCCGUCCUGAGCAGGAGCCUCGUGCUAACAAGGAGGCCGCUAACGAGCUGGCCGGAGCUGUGGACCUGGGCUGGAUGGCAAAUGUGAGGAGGAACCCCCUGGGUCAUGGUAAUCAGCACGCAUCUGGGGACACACUUCCACCUAAGGAAGACACCACCCAGGGGAGAGAAAGUGAGAGCAGGAAGACACACAACACAGGAAGCACGCAGAGCACCUGUCGUGUCCUGCCCUGUCCUGCCCUGCCCUGGAAGAGGGGAGCAGGGGACUGGACUGCAUGACCCAAAGUUCCUGUGCCUGUGCUCCUUGGAGCCAGGCCUGAGGGUGGGAAGGGAAGAAGAGCAGCAGAAAGGGAGGAGGAUUUAGUGAGCAACUGCUCUGUGCCUGAAUUGUGUCUGGCUUUAGACGUGUGAGCUUGCCUUGCAGCAGCCUCUCAUUGACGGUGAGAGACAGAGGCUCAGAGCUCGGGCACAGCCUAACACUGAAACUGGGCCUGGGGGUUGUUUGCUUUUCUCUGGACUGCCACCACUGUCCCAGGCUGGUCCUUCUCCAUGGGAGGCCUGUGUGUGAGGUGUGCAGUGAUUUGUCAGAGCAGACAGAGCACUGGGCUUGGAAUCCAAAAACCCCUGGACAGUCCUGCUUUCUCCACUCACUCCAUGAGACUUUGGGCAUAGCGCCCAGAUUCUCUGAACCGCCACAUCUUUAUGUAUGAAUAGGAAUGCUUAUCCCUGAAUACCUGGCAGAACUGACCUGAGGCUGAGAUAAGAUGGGAUAUGUGAUAUUGCUUUGUAAAGCUGUCAAAUGUGGCAUGAACAUUGUAAGGUUUUAUUUAAUUUCUUUUUUCUUUCUUUCUUUCUUUCUUUUUUUUUUUUUUUUUUGAGGCAGAGUUUUGCUCUUAUUGUCCAGGCUGGAGUGCAGUGGUGCGAUCUCAGCUCACUGCAACCUCCGCCUCCCAGGUUCAAGUGAUUCUCUUGCCUCAGCCUCCCGAAUAGCUGGGACCACAGGCAUGCACCACCAUGCCCAGCUAAUUUUGUAUUUUUAGUAGAGACAGGGUUUCUCCAUGUUGGUCAGGCUGGUCUCGAACUCCCGACCUCAGGUGACCCACCCGCCUCGGCCUCCCAAAGUGCUGGGAUUACAGGUGUGAGCCACUGCGCCUGGCCAGGUUUUAAAUAUUAAUCUGGCUUGCUAUUUCCUGCCUGAGAGGUGAAAGGGAGGCCUAAUUACAGAGAACUGAGAUGAAAGCAAUGAUGAAGGGACCCUGGGAUCCUGCCUUUCCUCUCCCCACUCAGCAGGAGCUUAUGAAGUCAUCUCACUUUCUCUUCUGUCCCCUCUCUCCUCUUCAUGCAGGUAUAAAGAAAUAUGAGGCCCCAAUUGGAACAGCAUCAUGGAAGGUGCCAGUUGGGUCCCCAACGUGCUCCCCAUGGGCAAGACAAUGGAAACUUCCACAAGUAGGGGAGGCAAACCCUCUUUAUUGAACAUCAGCCAGCCCAGCCCAGACCCAGGGCUGCCUAAGGACACAGAGAUUCUCCAUGGGAAGGGGACUGCCAAGCAUGAGGAAAUAGAAGAUUCAGGGGCCUGUGCUCUGGAAGCUGCAAGCAAAAGGGAUGGGACUGGGGCUGAGUUGUGUCUCCAUUUUGAUAAGGGAAGGAUAUGCUCAGACUCCUGCUUGUUCAGAUUCCAAGACAGAAGGUUUCACAAGGCCAAGGCCUGGAAAAUGUGCGUCUCUCCUUCCCAUGUUAAAUUUUAAUCUCUGUAAUCUGCCUAUAUCUAUAGGUAGGCAUCUCACUCCGUCAACGGAGCCCAGCCUCUCUUUGUCCCUCUGUCCAUGAAACAGUCUUCUCUGCAUUUCCCCAAGCUGGGCCCUCUUCUACCCUCCAUUUAGGCCUGUUGAUAACUCCAUUACCCAUCCAUCACUGCUGUUCCUCCAGGGCCAGCACUCGGGCGAGGCAGGGGAGCUGCCUUCGGUACAUAAUUUGAGGGGGCACUCCCUCUUGGGCACAUGCCGGCCCUGAGUGCCUCCCUUGCCUCACUCUGAUCCCGGCCCCAUAAUGUCCUCAGUGGAAGGUGACUGGGGGCCAGUGCUGUGGGGAGAGUAGAAAGAGGAGUUGGCCUGACUAAAAAUACCAGUAUGUGUAUUAAGUAUUUUGAGAAUGAAAUGCCAAGGAGUGCCUACUGUAUGCCAGCUCUGCUCUAGGAAUGGAGUAGACAAUAGACACAAGAAGGACUUAUGCCCUGAACACAGGUGCCAACGGUGACAAGACUGGCAAGACGUGAGGGCAUGAAUGGUUCAUUCAGGCAGCUGCUGCAGGUGUGGUCGCCUGGUGCCAUCUGCCGCUCCCUUUUCCACUUUUCUAUGUCCUCCUUCCACCCCAAGUCCCAGAUCACUCGCUAUCUUCUGGCUAGCUCUUGGCAUCUCCAUCUGAGCCUAAAGUUGCCCACUGGCACCAAUAGAUUCCCUUUGACCUGCUGCUCCCAUGCUCAUCCUUGUCAGGGCUUGGCUUGGCAGUGAGCGGGGCUGGCAUAGGGUGCUGAAGUGGGGUCCCAGGACCAUCAGGUGGGUAGUUUAAAGCUGAUGACAGUGGGCAUUCCUGAAGGGGAUGCUCAUGACACUGACGAUGUGUGGGCAAACUGGGAGCUUAGAGUGCCACACAAGAUAAAAGCCUUGCAUUUCCUGGGACGUUGUGGGCUGAUGCAUUAGCCAGAUACACACCCUUCCACACUGAAGCAGGCUGCACAGGCGCCAAUGGCAACAAACAAGGAAGGCUCCUCCUGCCUGCAGUCACUUCAGCUCUGAGCGUAGGAGUCAGCCAGGGACCUCCAAGUCCUCAGGGCCCACAGGGGCAAGAGCUAUACUCUGGUCUUAUGUUCAGCAUUCAGGAAAGCUGCUCUCUGCUGCUCUUUGACAUUGAGAAUGAAAUGAAAUUAGUUAUUCAUUUAACUUCACAUUGGUCUCAAUUAAGCUUAAAAUGUUCUUCCUUAUAGAUGCUCCAAUAGCACACUUAUAAUUAAGGAGUUUAAGGAGAAGCUGUGUUGCUUAUAUGAGCCACUAGAUGGUGACCCAAUCCCAUCAUACAGCCCCAGGGUGGGCUGUGGUUCCAUCCUGCUUUCCUGAAGAGAGACAUGAGCAGGAGCCUCUUGACUUUUCAGACUUUCAGCUUGCUUUCUGCUUCAGAGGGCAGGGGAAGAGGAAUGGGUCUCUCGAGGUCUUCUCUUCCCCAGCUGCACUGCUUACUAACUUUAAGCCUGUUUCAUCAUCAGGAAAAUGGUGACAUUACCUACCUCAUAGGAUUGGUAUGAAGGGAGACACAAACUCAACACACUCCUGCCCUUGAAGAACUUGUCUAGUUAGGGGAGAAAUAGGAAAACACACGGAGACAGCGACUCCAGGUGAGAGCUAUGCUGUUCAUUAGUCCAGCCACGCAGGAACAUGGCUGGCAGAAGGGCGAUUCCAGGGGCAAUGGGAAGAGUCCUUCUUCCUUAUGAAGGCAGAAUUCUCAGGACUUGGAUGAUUCAUUUGAUAAGGUAGUGAGGGGCAGUGGAAGAGGGAGGAAGUUAACAUGAAUACUUAUCCAACUCCUAGGAUGUUAGGCCUUAGAGACUGAAAACUGAACAAAUGGCAUUGGCUCCUACCAGCAGGUAAGUGUGGCACUAGACACAUGCAAAAGGCAUUGUGGGAGCUCAGGGUCUGGCCUCAGAAAUGAGGACUUAGGCUGUGGGUAAGGAGUUGGAAAAAAUACUGAAGGUUGGGGGAACCCCAGCACUGAGAUCUGCCUGUCUGCACCCAUCUCCCAGGUCCCAGGUUCCUGGCCCUGUUGGGGCAGCUCUGGGCACGGCCUGUUCACCAGAGGCCUGGUACCUGCCUUCUCCCUGGGCCUCAGCACUCACUCACACAGGGCUAAUGUAGGAGUAUUACGUUAAUUAGUUAUUCAUUUAAUUUAACUUCACAUUUGGUCUCAAUUAAGCUUAAAAUGUUCUUCCUUAUAGAUGCUACAAUAGCACUUGUAAUUAAAAAGCAAUAACUCUUUGCGUUUCUCCCUUAGAGAUCCACUGGGAGGCUGGGCGAGAGUGUGUGGGGUGGCUCGGGGAGGAGGAGGAGGAGGCAAGAGGCAAAGAAAAGAAAAGGAAAGAAGCUCUUGGUCGGUCCUAGCACCAUGAGGCCGCCACUAAGACUGAGGCUGGCAGGAGGAACUCAACACAUCUGAGUGUCUGAGUGGGGGUGGGAGAGUCGCUGUUGGGAAUCCUGAGAAGUGACAAAGGAGCAUAGCUCCUACUGAAAGGUGUGGGGUAGGGAGGAUGGCAGAUGGGGGUGGAAGGAGGCAAUGCUUAGGGGAGAAGGGGCCCUAUAUUCUGUGACAGGUACAAUGUGCCCCCAUAAGAUGUCCACAUCCUAAUUUUCAGAACCAGUGAAUGUUACCUUACAUGGCAAAUGAGAUUUUGCAUAUGUGAUUAAGGAUCUUGAGAUGGAAAGACUGAUGGGGUGGACCCAGUGGAAUCACAGGGCUCUGGAUGAAUCACAGAGGGAGGCAGGAGUGUUGGCGAUUGGCAGAUGCUGCUCUGCUGACCUUGAAGACUGAGGAAGGGUCCACCAGCCAGGGCGACGGGGGCGGCCUCUAGAAGGUGGAAAAGGCAAGGAAAUGGGUUCUCUCGAGGCUCCAAAGCCUUUCCUUUACCCCCUGAAACCCAUUUCUGGUUUCUGACCCCCGGAGCGAUAAAUGAAUUGUUCGAAACCAGUAAGUCUAUGGCAAUCUGCUACAACAGUAAUAGGAAAUUGAUAAUAUUCCCAGUGUAAAACUGGGGUAUGACCAAUUUAACGGCAGGAAAAUAACCACAGGCAAACAAAAGAAAUCCCCAAAGCUUAAAACAAGUGAAAGGGCUGGCCUCAUAGCAUUUAGGCACAGCAUAAGGGCUACCAUGUGACCACCUCACCCAAGAGUUCUCCGAGGGCAGGACUUGGGCUAAAUGCACAGACAGUAUCAUCCCCAGCAUGAUGUGAUGUAAACCAUUAAAAACACACUUUCUCAUUC